AUGCAUUUCUUCAGCUUCCUCGUUGCAGCUACCUUAGCCUCAUUGGCCAUCGCACACCCGGGCCCUCAUAAAAAAGCCACGAGGGCCGAAAUAUCCCGUCGACAGGAACUGUCUUCUCGUUGCGCUCACCAUGCCGGCGAAUACAACGCAAAGAGAUGGAAGAGGAGCCUGGAAAAGCGGCAGAAUAUUACGACUAUCGAGGCCACAACGGAAGCACCUUACUAUAAGACGAUUCAGAAUGAAACCUGCGUGCUUACGCCCGACGUGACUCCCGGACCUUAUUGGUGGACAGAGUCUCAGACACUUCGGCAGGAUAUUAGGGAAGAUCAGCCAGGUGUGCCGCUGUCGCUUGAUAUUGGGGUGAUGGAUAUGGCGACAUGUGGACCCUUGGAAGGGGUGCUCGUGGACGUUUGGCACUGCAAUGCUACGGGCAAAUAUUCAAGUUUUACUGGGCUGCGAAAUGACAUCCCCAAAUCUGAAACGCUACAAGAGCUUAACCUGACCUGGUUUGAGCCUGGACAGUCGGAUAUUCAUACGGAUAAUCAGACUUGGUUGCGGGGCAUGUGGCCGACGGAUAGUAAUGGGAUGGUGGAGAUGAAGACUAUUUUCCCAGGUCAGUUGUACAACAAUUCUCUGGGAAUUUAUAGACAUGCUGAUAUGAGGAGUUUGAAACUUGCAGGCUUUUACUUCGGGAGAUCAAUCCACAUUCAUAUUCAAGUGCAUACCGACUGGGUGCUGAGAGAUAACGGCACCCUGGCGAGUGGGAAUACCGUGAGCACGGGGCAGGUUUUCUUCGAUGAAGAACUUGAGCAGGAGAUUAUGGCGUUGGAGCCGUAUUCUUCUGUGACAGGGAUUCAGCGACUCGUUAAUGGUCUCGAUGACACGUUCCACAAUGAAAAUACCGAUGGGUAUAAUGCGAUUGUGUCGGUGGUUCCCAUGGAUGGGGUCGAUGUGAGGAAUGGGAUGAUCGGGUAUAUUACUGUUGGUGUGGAUACAGAAGCUGUAGACCCUGAAUUCCCGGUUCGAUAA